CGUGCGAGUUACCGGGCAGCUGCGGCGGCGGCGGCUGCUGUCGCCGUCGCCGCCGGAGACGGCUCUCGGGUUAGUGAGCUUCGGGCUAGUGUGGGGUGGGACCCAGCGGAGACUCAGUGCCGUCCCAGGACCCGGCGCUGAGGAGGAAAUUACAGCGCCCUGGGCCCGAGCGAUAAUGCUGGGAGGAAGCUGAGCAACCGCGCGCCGGCGCCGAUAGUGGAGUCUCCUCGCCCGAACGUCAACAUAGCUAGAGGACUUUCCCCGACUUCACCUGCCCCACGGCGGCGACGGCGGCGGCGGCGGCGGCGGCGCCGCUCCUGGUGGCAGAGGUUGGGACUCCAGAAGCAGCAGAAGAAGCGGCGUAGGCGGCCGCGCUCGACGCCACGGUCGCAGCCACCCAGCAUCCAGAAGCCCUGUCCCCCGCAGGACGAGGUAUGCGCGGAGGCUGCGGCUGCGGCUGCCCCCGCCGCUGCCUCUGCCCCAGCCCCUGUAGCUCUAGAGUCUCCUCCCGGCCAGUCUCCGUUGCCUGCACCCGGAAAAGCUGGACCUCCGAGGCCGCCCCGCCGGCGGCGUCGGCGGCGGUUAAUGGAAUUCGAGAACAUCAUGGCCAACACUCUGCUACUGAAGGCUCGUCAAGGAUUUAGCAAAAAGACUGGUCGUAGUAAAAAAUGGAAGGAACUCCUGAAGUUGCCUCCAGUCAGCCAAUGCAAUGAGCUAAGAUCCUCCAUCGAAAAGGAUUUUAUCAGCCUUUGUGACAAGCAGCCAAUGGGAAGGCUUCUUUUCAGACAAUUCUGUGAUACAAAACCAGAUCUAAAGAGGUGCAUUGAAUUCUUGGAUGCAGUGGCAGAAUAUGAAGUUACCAUUGAAGAGGAACAAAGAGAAUUUGGGCUAUCCAUCAUACAGAGAUUCUUCAAAGAGAAGUCAGAAGUCUUCUUACCACAGAUACCUCCAGCUGUUAUGAGACACUGUAAAUGGAAUCUGAAUCAUAAUUCUUCCCCUACAAAAGUUUUUGAGGGAUGCAGUAGAAUUAUCUAUAACUAUUUGAGUGGAACACCAUUUGAAGAAUACCAAGCCAGUCCAUACUUUUGCCGAUUUUUACAAUGGAAAUGGCUGGAAAGGCGGCCAGUAACAAAGAACACGUUCAGACAAUACAGAGUUCUAGGAAAAGGCGGAUUUGGAGAGGUUUGUGCCUGUCAAGUACGAUCUACAGGAAAAAUGUAUGCCUGCAAAAAACUAGAAAAAAAAAGAAUAAAGAAGAGGAAAAGUGAAGCUCUGGCUCUAAAUGAGAAAAAGAUCUUAGAAAAAUUGCAUAGUAGAUUUGUAUAUUUGCCACUGGACCCUCAACUACCAUACUCCAAUUAUCAGCUCUUUCAAAUUUCACCCUCAGUAUUGCAGGUUAGUUUAGCCUACUCUUAUGAAACCAAGGAUGCCUUGUGUUUGGUGCUAACCAUUAUGAAUGGAGGGGAUUUGAAGUACCACAUUUACAACCUGGGCAAUCCUGGCUUUGAGGAGCCGAGAGCUGUGUUCUAUGCUGCAGAGCUGUGCUGUGGUUUGGAAGAUUUACAGAGGGAAAGAAUUGUAUACAGAGACCUAAAGCCAGAGAAUAUCCUCCUUGAUGAUCAUGGACACAUCCGAAUUUCAGAUCUUGGUCUAGCUCUGGAAGUCCCAGAAGGGGAGAUGAUUCGAGGAAGAGUAGGUACUGUUGGCUACAUGGCUCCAGAAAUCAUCAAUAAUGAAAAGUAUACAUUUAGUCCUGAUUGGUGGGGACUUGGCUGUGUGAUAUAUGAAAUGAUUGCAGGUCAUUCUCCAUUCAAAAAAUAUAAAGAGAAAGUCACCCGGGAGGAACUGGAAAGAAGAGUGAAGAAUGAGACUGAGGAGUACUCUAAGACGUUUUCAGAGGAUGCCAAGUCUAUCUGCAGUAUGUUACUCGUCAAGGAUCCAAGUAAACGGCUAGGCUGUCAGAGUGAUGGAGCUGCUGCUGUAAAGCAGCACCCAGUGUUCAAGGACAUUAACUUCAACAGGCUGGAAGCAAAUAUGUUAGAGCCCCCUUUCUAUCCUGAUCCUCAGGCCAUUUAUUGUAAGGAUAUCUUGGAUAUUGGGCAGUUCUCUGUGGUGAAAGGAGUCAGCCUGGACAGCAAUGAUGAAGCCUUCUAUGCCCAAUUUGCUACAGGGUGUGUCACCAUCCCCUGGCAGAAUGAGAUGAUUGAGUCUGGAUGUUUCAACGAUAUCAAUGAAAAUGCAGAGAAGGAAGAUUUGUCACCACAUAAAAAAGAGAAGCUGUGUCCUGCGUUUCUCAGACAACAGAGAAAUUUCUUCUGUAGACUCUUCAGAAGAGGGGGCUGCCUGAGCAUUGUCCCCAGUGAGUCGGGGGAGCCAACACAUCGAUGACUGUUCACUGUGCAGACCACAGAGCGAGACCCUGGUGUUAAGAAGGAACCUGUCACAUACUCAGUGUCUUGUCCUUUCCAUGAAUUGUAAUAAACAGUCUAUAACACUGUUUAUAAUGUGCUUUCAUAUAUUUUUUACAUUAAUAUAAACAUUGUCUUUUUACUGAAGCUGAAUUAAAGAAG